UUUUACUUUUUUUUUUUUUUUAAAAAUUCAAUGGAGGAAGUGAUUGAAGAAUCAAGUAGCUUUUCUCAACGUUCAUCAGAACUAGGAGCUAGAUGGCAGACAUGGGUCGAUAGAUUAACUCCAUAUACAAUGCAACGUUGGGUUGCCUUCGGUGUACUCUUCGGUCUAUUUAUUUUACGAAUUCUAUUUGCUCAAGGCUGGUAUAUUGUCUGUUAUGCUCUAGGAAUUUAUCUCUUAAACAUGUUUCUUGCCUUUUUAACCCCUAAAUUCGAUCCAUGCGUGACAGAAGAUGAAGAGGAGGAAGGUCCUAGUUUACCUACAAGAAACGAUCAAGAAUUCAGACCAUUUAUUCGUCGUCUUCCUGAAUUCAAGUUCUGGUAUUCAUCUACCAAGGCAACACUCCUCGCGAUUUUUUGCAGUUUCUUUUCAUUCUUUGAUAUUCCCGUAUUCUGGCCUAUCCUUUUGGCCUAUUUCUGUAUCCUAUUUGCAUUGACCAUGCGACGACAAAUUCAACACAUGGUCAAAUACCGUUAUGUGCCCUUUGAUUUCGGUAAACAAAAGUAUAGAAAACCCACGACUAUCAUCACAGAAUCCACAGGACAGAAAUAAAAAAAAAAAAAUUUAUUUAUUUCUCUUGAGGCUCAAAUCCUUCGAGUAAAUCAAUCUUUUCUCCCAUCGCUUUCGAUAACUCUGAGUUCAAUACGUCGUCCAAGGUGUGAUUAUCACGAUGGUAAAACCAUUUAUGAUUCUUUUCAUCAAAAUCGUAUCGUUGAGGUCCA